CGCGCGAGCUUCCCGGGAAGGCUAGGAAAGAACUACAAUUCCCAGGGGGCAUUGGAGCAGAGAGACGCCUUGUAGGGGCCUGGGCCUUCGGCGCUGUAGCCCGCUGGGCUUUUCACAAUGUCCAAGAAAAGAUCUAAUGGCAAACAGGAAAAGUCUGAAAGAAAGGGCGCGUCUCCUUCACGCAACGUAGAUGAAAAAGAAAAGAAACAGAAAAGAAUCUCUUCGAAAGCACCAAGUCCGAGUAUCUUGUCUUACUCCAGAUGUUCAGCUUCCUUAGGGAAGAGAAAGUUGAAAUCUGAUUAUACAAACAUUUUAUGCUGUGAUCCAAAAAAAAGAGAAGACCUUCAAAGGUUGGAUGUAGAAACAGGCACUCAAAAGAAGAAACAAAAAAUCAGUUCUUUUUCAUCCCAAGAGCCUGAUAGACUUCAAAAGAAAUCAUUUGAUGACAGUCAAAGUACUUCUCACAGUCAAUCUUUAAGUAGAAGUGAGAAAGGAAUACAGAAGUAUGAUUUCAAACAUGAAGAUGUAAAAUUGAAAAAUGGGAACAACCAGAGUGAUUAUGACCUCAAAAGUAAUAGCCUCACGUUUGCCAAGAAUGCACAGCCCAGGUCUGAAGCUCCAACAGGUGAAAGGAAAUGGCCUCAUUAUCUUGCUCAAAGGGAAAAGGUGAAAGGAUUAAAGAAGAGAGAAAAGAUCAAUAAAGUCAAAGAUAAUUUAGGAAAACCUUCACUUGAGAAGUACAUCAAAGAUGAAUUUGCCAAGGAAUGCACUUCCAGAGCCUUGAGUAAAGAAGUACUUGAACCUGAAAGAUGCAAAAUCAGUUUCAAAAUUGCUACAAAAUCCAGUGGUAGUCUUCAAAAACCAGUAGAGGAUAAUGUUUUAAAUUCUAAAAUUCAUAAACCAAAGCCUUCAUGUGAGAAAAAAGAGAGCCUUCAGAAUCCUCCAAGUUUUUCUAGACACAAAGUUAAACAUUUAUCACCAUCAGAUUCUUCAUAUAAGUCGUCUCACUAUAAGUGGAAGGAAAAAUGUCAUCCUGAUCAUUCCAGCCAAAAAAGAAAUAAUUCACAACCGGAAGAAACUUUCUUUCCUGAAACAGUAUCAUUAAAACAGAGUUUUGAAGCAGCGCAUUCUUCUAAUUCGAGUGAUUGUGUUCAAGAUACAGAUCAAGAGAUGCAGAUAGUAGAAGAGCUUCAUGCUGCUCGUGUGGGGAAAAGUAUGGAUUUGCCUGUGGUGCCAGCUUCUGGACUGACAAGUAUGGAAAUUGACUUGGCUGAAGAUGAUGUGCAUCCUUCUGUUGAGAAUACGGCUUCAGAUACAAAACUUUUAAUUGUUAUUGACACAAAUAUUCUGAUGAAUCAUCUCAAGUUUCUUGGAAUUUUGAAGACGAUGGAUAUCCCAGGCUUCGAUAGACUUAUAUUGAUAAUUCCCUGGGUGGUUGUGCAAGAACUAGAUCGUAUGAAAGCAGGGAAAUUGCUACAGCAUGCACAGCACAAAGCUAUACCUGCAGUCCAUUUUAUCAAUGACUGUCUCAGAAGUCAAGAUGGAAAGCUGUGGGGUCAGUCUAUUCAACUUGCUUCUCAAAAACUUUAUGGAUUGAGUGAUGAAAACAAUGAUGACCGAGUCCUGAAAUGCUGUCUUCAGUAUCAGAAUUUAUUUCCUUGUGCUCUUGUCAUAUUGUGCACGGAUGAUAGAAAUUUACGCAAUAAAAGCAUAAUAAGUGGUAUAAAAUCACUCAGUAAAGCGGAAUUAAGUGCAGAGUUACUGACUCUCAGUCCCAAAUCAGUAACUGUGGACAAUCAGCCACAUAUUUCUAAUCGGCACAUCAAAGCAGAUAUAAAACCCUUGGAGAAAUGCUGCAGGGGAAAUACUAUAUCAUCUGGAAUGGCUAUUCUACUUGAAAAUAUUAUUUCCGAGCUUGAAAAAUGUCUUGGAACAGCUUUGUCUUCUAUAUUAGAAACAGAAAUGAAAAUCGCUUUUGGAGACCUCUGGCUAGAGAUGGUGUACUUAAAGCCCCCUUGGACACUUGCACAUUUAUUACAGUGUUUUAAAAAACACUGGUUAGCUGUUUUUGGAUUGGUUGUGGCGAAAAACUUGCUUAUGACGAUUGAGAGCCUAUAUGAAAAUCUUUGUAAAGCUAAGACAGUGGACUUGGCAACAACUAAAUUUCUGCUUCAGGAUUCCAAACAUUUGUUACAUGCUUUUAGUACAAGGUCAAACUAUGAUGGGAUUCUGCCACAGGCCUUUGCUCAGGUGAAUCAAUUACUUCAAACACUCUCAGAGGUCAAUUCUAAACAUAAGCCAAAUUCUACAGAAUCAGUUGAGUCUUUUUCAAAGAACACAGCAUAUAAAAACCAGGAGGAGAAUGCACUGCUCCAGCGCAGUAAUCAGGAGAAUCCAACAGUGUUGGGCACUCAGCUUCCCCAACCCAACAGACAUCAAGAAAUCUGGUCUGUCCUAGAGAAUGUUUGGACCACGAUAUAUCUGAACAGCACGGAUGUUUUCCAAAGUUUGGAUUCUAGCAAUACAUCGAGCACUCCAAAGAUUGCAUCAUUUGAAGAGGCCUUUGUAUAUCUUCAGAAAUUGAUGGCAGCUGUGAAAGGUGUUCUUGCUGGAAUUCAGAGAAUUUUGGCCCCACACAGUUGUUAUCAAGAUAUUGAAACUCUUUAUAACUUCCUAGUGACUAAUGAGGUCAAUAGCUGUAUCAACUUUACUGCCCAGGAACUUUACGAAUGUGUGUCACAGGCUGAAUAUCGGGAAAAGUUAAAAAUUGGAUGUUGUCAGCUGGCCCAGAUGGAAUUCACUAUGCAGCAGUGCAAUGCCUCUGUCUAUAUGGAAGCCAAAAAUCGGGGGUGGUCUGAAGACAUGCUCAACUACAGGACUUGUUAAAUGUUUUCUUCCUGAAUCCUUUAUUUAUGAGUUGGACUAGUUGAAAUAACAGUAUAAUGUCGUUUUUGUUUUGUUGUGGAGUCUGCUUUUGAGCCAAACCCAAAACUGGACCAAGAAGGGUCCUCAGGUUUUCAUAUUUGACUGCCUUUUCCUGAAACAGCCGAGACUUGACGAAAGUUUAGUGCUUACGUCCUGGGACAGAUGCUACUGUGUAGGCUCAGUUCUUCUGGAGCUACCAGCAUCCCCUACCCUAUCCCUAGAUUACACAGAUGGAAUAGUGGUGGCUUUUCAGCAGUCAUCUCAGUCUGAACUUGCCCUAAGUCGGCUUACGUUGUCAUAAAUAUAUACUUUUAGUUCAGUCAGACACAGGACCAGGCAUACAAAACCCAGUCCCAACAUGGCCACAUCCCACAAACUGAACUUAAGCCCCCAGGACUGUUUGGGCUAGGUUUACCCUGCAGGCCAGGGAACUAAUACACAUUUUGAUGUAGUCUUUAACAUGCAGAUUCUUGGUUAAGACAAAAAGCAUUUAUUUUGGGGUCAUUCUGCUUUCAGUUCCUACCCCAAGCAGUGAAGUUGAGCUUCAACUCUUAACUCUACCUCUUCCAAUCUUCAGUUCUUGCAUCCUUUAUUUCUAGAAGAGGGUUUGUAUUUUCCCCUGAAAUGCAAGUCUGCCCUAGUUUAUUGUUUUAGCAGUGUUAGCUCUUGGCUGAAACUCAACAUCUAGUCUUCUGAAUUAUUCAUUUGUACAAUGAAUUGGAAAUGUAUUCUAACAUUUGGUAACAAAUCCAACUUAGGCAUUCUAUUCCAAAUACGUAUAUGUCUUCUUUAUUUUAGAAAAAUUAAAUAAAUUUUUUUUUGGUAAAUUUAAA